GGACUAAAAUGGUAUUCUAACUGUCGCAGACUGGUGAAAAUUCUACCCAGUUUUUGGCUGAAAUUCAACACAGACGGGAGAAAAUUUUCUCAAGCAAACCCCACCAAUUAAUUUGUGGAAGCCACAUCAUCUACAUUCAAUUAUUUUGUCUCCUUGUUGAAAGAGUGGUGCUUGUGGUGUCAUUUGAGGAAAUCAUAUAAUUUCCUGCUGCUGGUGAUAGUUGUGAAGUGUCUAAUAACAUUUGUGGAAGACAUAUACAAGUAUGGUGCAGUCCAAAGUUUAUUCCAUGGAACAAAUUGAUGUGCCGGCGAAUUUUGAGAAUAUCCUCAAAACAUAUGCUAAAGCUGUGAUAAAAACCCAACCCUAUGAUUUACUAAGAUGGUCAGCAAUGUACUUUCGGUGCUUGGCGACGGACAAGGUGCCACCGGUAAAGGAUCGUCUGGAGACAAACUGCGAACAUGGUCGUCUAACCCGGGGCUACCUUAAGGUUCUUCUCCGCCAAAUUGGCAGAGGCUUCCAUAUAACUCAGGAGACCCUUCAGGACUUCUGGAAGGGUCUGUGCCUUCUUGAGGAGGAUCUACUCAAGUUCAUGUCACUCAGCCGAAUGCUCUACUGGAACAAAAUUCACUGGCUAAAGUUGUUUGCCGUCAUGGUUGGCAGUUUGAACAAUAAUUUAAAAGAUACCGCCAUUAUGUUGUGCGAAUUACUCACUGAAAGCCCAGAGGGUAGCUCUUCACCAAUCCCCCUGUGGAUGUUUAAGGAGUGCUACACUUUUAUCGCCCAAUUGGACUGUUCACGUGAACAAACAUUUAUUGAUUCCAGGAUGUUGUUAGAGAAUGGCGAUCUUGAGGCGGAGACCAUUGAGCCAAGUUGUCCAAUUCUUCCUUCUACAUUGUGUAGCCUGAUUGAACAAAUGGCCAUUGGCCGUACUAAGGGUGCUAUUGAGGGGGUGGAUGAUGAGGCACUCAGUCAAUUUCGACAGCAAGUGGACAAUAUCGAGGAGAUGCUGCGAGAAAGUGGCAAUUUUAGGGAUUUGAUGUCACUACUGAAUCAGGUGGUGCAAAGUGGUGAGAUUCACAGUGUGGUUAAUUUAAUGCCAGUCCGUGACAAACGUGCCUUGAUUGAACAGUCAUCGGGUGAGAGCUCAGAGGCUCACCAUGCCAAUGAUGAUGAGACGGCUCAUUUGUAUGCGGACCAAGAAAAAAUACUGAGAGAGAUUGGAUCACUCUGGUCUUGGGUGUAUCAAUUUGCUCAGUGCACAAGUGACGACAGUGGCAACAAUAAGUCAUUUAAUUUCAUCUCAACUCCCCCAGACUUGCCAGUCUUUAAUGAAAAUUCGUGCCAGCCGCCGGAAGUUGAAUCACCAUUAGCUGGAAAGAUCGAUGCUAAGUUGACUGACGAUGGUGGUGAUUUAUUGCCUGGCACACAUCCACCCACAGACGAUGCUAAUGAAAAAGCUCCAAUCGAUACAUCCAAUAUCGAUGACGAUGUCAUAGACGUUGGAGCUUUUUUGCGUGAAGCACAAUCUGCAGGAUUAUUUCAAGUCAGCGAUACACCUUCCGUCAUAACCUUUCUUAGCCGUGGCGAUGCACCACAUGCUGCUGAUAAUCAGCUUCGUGCACUCAAGGACUAUCUCGAGCAAUGCACAGACACAUUUCAGGAUAUUAAUGAGCUCCUGCAUGGUUUUACAGCACACCAGAACAAUUCGCAAAGCGACGGGGAAUUAGUGAAAAAAAUCCCCAACACAUCUGCACAGAUGGCGACAAUCAGUCGUGAGGACUCAUCAAUUGAUGACAAAGCGAAUAUAUCUGAUGAGGAAAAAAUUGCACCGGAUGAUCCCAAUAUAAUUAAUGUGUUCGCCAAGAGUGGCAUCGAGGCGGAUGAGGAUUUGAUUCGAGCUGCAAUUGCUGAGCAAAUGAUAUUGGGACUCAUUGAGAAGACCAUUCGCGAUUCAGAGGACACCCUACGUGUCAUCGAUGAGGGUGAACCGGAUGGGACUGAGGAGGCACCCAAAGAUGCUGAACCACAGCAAGAGGAAACCCCGGAAAAGGGUGAGGUCAAUCAAGAAUCACAGAGCAAUUCCACGGAAUCGGAGAAUAAAGUUCACGGAUCAGUGGAGGUGGAAUCAUUUGCUGAAAAACCCGACAAUAAGCAGGUGGUAAGCUCCAUAGAGAAUGACAAUAGUACCAAAGAUUCACGAGAAUCACAACCCGAGGAGGACGGUGCAACAGCAAAAAAUGACCCUUCUGGGGAAACAGAACAAGAAGUUAAUAACAUGAUAUCGGAUUCCGAUGGUAAGGAUGUCUCAGUGGAGAAAGAAGGUGCACCAGGUGGGGUGCCUUCGGAAAUUGAGUCGUCCCAAGUGGAACCAGUAGUUGAGGAAGUGGAUGGUAUUUUACACAAAGCAUCAGCUGAAAAUGACUCAAUCGAAAGCACUACUAUGAAGAAUGGAGAUAGUGGAAAACAUGAUGAAGAGAAUAAAUUGGAAUCAUCUCCGUCCAUUGACACAGGUAGUAAGGCUGUGGAAUCAAAUGUCAAUGGAGUAGUGGAAUCAGAGACAAAAAACGACCGCAAGGCAACACUAUCGGAUUCAUCGGGGGAGGUUGAGGUAUCUACCAGAGUAUCAAUUGAUGCGAAGCCAGGGAGUCCGCAUGAAUCGAAUGCUGAUUCACUGUCAGUUGAAAAGGUGGCCCCCUCAGAGGUGAUGAAUGGAAAUGAUUCCGUCACUGAUUCCAAUCCUGAGCCAUUAGUCAGCAAAUCAGAUCUACAGGAUGACGAAGUAGAGAAAGUAGAUGACAACUCGGCAGAGGCACUUCAGCCGCCGCAGAGUCAAUCAAAGGACUGCGAAAAGUCAUCGGGCAACGACGAUGAGGACGUGAAACCAGAGUCCUAUUCCUGCACAGUUGGUCCAAUUCUGGGAAUUGGUGCAGCUGUGUCACCCAGUACCAUUGCCGCCCUUAUGGAGUAUCUCACGGAGCGCGCCAAGGAGCAGAACGGGAUGAUUUAUCCCAGAAAUUUCGACGAAGAACAAUGUCCACCACUCUAUGAUGACGUGAAGUAGAUAUUGUCGAAAUGAUUUAUGAUCUAAUUCUCUGAAAUUCGAUUAAAUCCAACACAUAACA